UGUAAGAAUAUGAUAGAAGAUGUAGGCCAAGAGAAGUAUUUAGAUUAGAGAAAACAAUAAAAGAGACGGCGACAACAUACUUACAACUGUAAAUUCGUUGGCUACAAACGAAGACCGACAUACCGAAGAAGAAGAAUAUGGCAACCACAGAAUCGAACUCUUGAAUCUUGAUCCUCAGAGAGUCAAACUGUAUCCGCUGCUAUGACAGUAGGAGUAAGUAGAAAGUAAGUAGUAAUAAAAAAGAUUAGAUUAAUGAGCAAUCAGAGAGUUAAGUGAGUAAUCACGCUCAACAGAUCCUACUCAUCUGAACCACCUUCCUUCCACACUACGCAUUGCCGUAUCGAUUUCUCUUCUUUGAACCCACCCCGCACCACAACUCAGAUCUCACAAACACAAUGAAGGACUCACACUCACACCCAAGCAGCUCCGCCGCCGCCGCCACCACGGCAGCGGAGCCAAUAGCACAGAACAUGAUAAAGCUCAUAAGCAACCUCUGUUUCUCUGUCUUCGUUUUCUCGGUCCUAAUCUUCACCGUCAUUGCCAUUACCUACCAGCCACCAGACCCAUGGCUCCAAUCAGCGCCAGCACUCACUACUCUCUUCACCCAAUCAGAAAAUGCCACGUUUCACAUCGACACUUCCAUCAUCAAAACCGGCGAGGAUAUUUCCCCUUCGCCACAGGAUCCACCGCUUCCCUUUCCUUCACAAUCGGCCGCCGCACCUGCCGUCACGGAGGCCGUCAUCGAGAAGGCCGAGGAGCGGAUCGCAAAUUUAACCCCGCCGUUAGCUUCCCCUGCCGACUCUGAUGACGCCGUCGGUGUCGUCCGCGGACCCUGCGCCGACGCAGCCGCCGCCGGAACCCUAAACUGCUCCGAUCCUCGCGUCUUGAUUGCAGUCGAGAGGUUUAACCUAAGGACGUUCAAGUCGAUCGCGUUCUUUGAUUACCAGACGCCGGUGAACGGCUCUACAGCCGACGAGUGCGACGUCGCGUGGCGGUUCCGGAACAAGAGGGAGAAGUCGUGGCGGAAGUACCGUGACUUCCGGCGGUUCAAGCUCCAGCUCACCGACGAUUGUAAGUACAAGGUGGUGCACGCCGGCCGAUGGCAUUCAGGUAGCAAUGCGCGGAGGAACCCGGCGCUCCGUCCGCGAAAUGAAGGUGCUCGCAGUGGUGCCAACGGUAAGGGUAAGGCUUUGCCAAAAAUUUCAAACCGUGAUGAUGAGAUUAAUGAUACUAUUCCUACUUUGGGAUCCGCAAUUAACUUUAGGAAUGGCAAGUAUCUGUAUUAUUCAAGGGGUGGGGAUUAUUGCAAAGGGAUGAACCAUUAUAUGUGGAGUUUCUUGUGUGGAUUGGGUGAGGCUAUGUUUUUGAAUAGGACUUUUGUGAUGGAUUUGAGUGUUUGCUUAGCUGCAACAUAUAAUCCUAGCCAUAAGGAUGAGGAAGGGAAGGAUUUUCGGUAUUAUUUCGAUUUCGAGCAUCUGAAGGAGGUGGCUUCCAUUGUGGAGGAAGGUGAGUUCGUGAGAGAUUGGAAGAAGUGGGAUAAGACCCAUUUGAAGAGGAACAAGGUUCCUGUUAGGAAGGUGGUGACACACAAGGUGACUCCCAUGCAGCUUAAGAAGGACAAGAGCACCAUCAUUUGGAGGCAGUUUGAUGCGCCGGAGCCGGAGAAUUACUGGUAUAGAGUCUGCGAAGGCGAGGCUGCAAAGUAUAUUCAGAGGCCCUGGCAUGCUUUGUGGAAGUCCAAGAGGUUGAUGAAUAUUGUUACAGAGAUUAGUGGAAGGAUGGACUGGGAUUUUGAUGCAGUCCAUGUGGUUCGAGGGGAGAAAGCUCAGAACAAGGAGCUGUGGCCUCAUUUAGAUUACGACACAUCGCCGGAUGUUCUUGUUGAGAAGCUGAAAGGAAUGAUCCAACCUCAGAGGAAUUUGUAUAUUGCCACCAAUGAGCCUUUCUACAAUUACUUCGACAAGUUGAGACCCAACUACAAGGUCCAUUUGCUUGAUGAUUAUAAGGAACUGUGGGGAACUACGAGUGAGUGGUACAACGAAACCACGCUUCUCAACAAUGGAAAACCCGUCGAGUUCGAUGGAUACAUGAGAGCUGCAGUCGAUACAGAAGUCUUUUAUCGUGGUAAGACACACGUAGAGACAUUCUAUAAUUUGACUAAAGAUUGCAAGGACGGCGUAAAUACAUGCUGAUCAUGUUGAUGCUCAUGGUUUCAAUGUUUAUUGGGAAUUUUUAUAGUUGAAUCAGGUCUAGUCAGUUUCAGAUUCAUACCAUUGGGGUAAAUCGAGCUUCUUGUUGCACUUGCUUGUUCUUUUAUUGUAUUCUAAUGAUGAUUGAUGAUUUUGUGAGUUGCCAUGAUGUUAUACAAGUACAACUAUGGGAUCUCCCCUUCUCUC